AUGGAGGCGCGGCCCGGGGCGUGUGCGGCGGCUGCGGCUGCGGCCCUCCUGCUGCUGCUGGCUGCCCUGGGAGAGGGCAGCAGUCCCAGCCCCAGGUGCGGCUGUGUCCACAACUUCCAGAAGAGGAGUCUGCUCUGCUGCAGGGGCUGUCCAGCAGGGCACUACCUGAAGGCCCCCUGCACAAAGCCCUGUGGUGCCGCCACCUGUCUCCCGUGCCCCCAGGGCACCUUCCUGGCCUGGGAGAACCACCACGAGACCCGCUGUGCCCGCUGCCAGGCCUGUGAUGAGGAGGCCUCCCAGGUGGCCCUGAAGAACUGCUCGGCAGUGGCGGACACCCACUGCGGCUGCAAACCAGGCUGGUUCACGGACUGUAUGGUCAGCCAGUGUCCUCACGGCUCUCCCUUUCGCUGCCGCCUGUGCACAGACUGUGGGGCCCUGCACCGCCACACGAAGGCACCCUGUUCCAGCAGAGACACUCACUGUGGGACCUGCCUGCCUGGCUUCUACGAACAUGGCAACAGCUGCGUGUCCUGUCCCACCCCAUCCCCUCCCCUUGCAGGAGCACCCUUGGGAGCUGUCCUGAGCCCUGUGUGGCUGUCUGUGGCUGGAGGCAGAGUAGGUGUGUUCUGGGUCCAGGUGCUCCUGGCGGGCCUGGUGGUCCCACUCCUGCUUGGUGCCACCCUGACCUACACAUACCGCCGCUGCCAGCCUUGCAAGGCCAUGGUUCCCGCAGACGAAGCUGGGAUGGAGGCCCUGACCCCCCUGCAGGCCACCCACCUCUCACCCCCGGACAGCAGCCCCACCCUUCUGGUGCCGCCCAGCAGCAGUGAGAAGAUGUGCACCGUCCAGCUGGUAGGCAACAGCUGGACCUCUGGCUCUCCCCAGACCCAGGAGGCGCCCUGCCCGGAGGUGACAUGGUCCUGGGACCAGCUGCCCAGCAGAGCUCUUGGCCCGCUGCCCCCGCCCCCGCCCACGCCCCCCGCAGGCUCCGCGGCAGCCUUGCUCCAGCCCGGCCCGCAGCUCUACGACGUGAUGGACGCGGUGCCCGCGCGGCGCUGGAAGGAGUUCGUGCGCACGCUGGGGCUGCGCGAGGCGGAGAUCGAGGCGGUGGAGGUGGAGGUGUGCCGCUUCCGCGACCAGCAGUACGAGAUGCUCAAGCGCUGGCGCCAGCAGCAGCCCGCGGGCUUGGGCGCCGUCUAUGCGGCCCUGGCGCGCAUGGGGCUGGACGGCUGCGCCGAGGACCUGCGGAGCCGCCUGCAGCGCGGCCCGUGA